CGCGGUGCAGCAGCAGCAGCAGCCGCCGGAUUGUGCACGAGUCGGGCAGGCAGAGGGGUCGUGGAUUGCGAGCGUGCUGGGCAGUGGAUACUCAAGCGCGACACACACGGCUCUCUGUGUUACACACAACCUACUCGUAGCUACACACACACGCGUGUGUAUUAUAGACGCUGUAGAGAUACCGUAUUCUAGUCGACACUACGACCGCUAGCCAUAGGAUCUUACACAUUGAUACACGCAUCGAUAUAUACUGUAGAGGCGAUGCCGUAUCGCAUACCAACACUCGUGGACGCACUGGUGGUACACAUUCACGGUUAUAGAUAGGCAUCUACACGUACGGGACACACACACACGAUACAUAUUACGCACACGCACGCACGCGUACCCAUCCUCACCGCGCAAAUUUCGGGCUCGUCAUUCGAUACGCACGUACACGUCUCCUAUAUACAAACCUCAUCGCCACCACACACACACACCCGCGCCUAUUACAUACAUAACAAAAACACACAUCGACGUAUAGAUAUGUAGCUGUCAUUAGCCACACGCGCGCACGUACACACACGUGCGCACACGGGGCACACACACACGCAGGGCAGCAGGAGGAUGUGAGCGGCGGGCACACGAGCCGGGCUUGCUUCUCUCGCUCUCGCCUCUAACCCACCGUUACCACAAUCUACAUCAUCAUCUUCUUCUUCUUCGUCCUCUUCCUCUUCGUCAUCUGCUGGGGUUUUGGAGGGUGGAGUGCGCGGGGAGCCGCGAGAGGGGCCGACAUGAUGCGUGUGACGCUGCUGCCAGCUCCGAGGACAUGAAAGAUGAGCGAAGAGACGCGCCCAGACGAUGACAGCCCGAUGGUGUGCGUGCGCGCCGUGGUGAUGACGCGCGACGACUCGAGUGGGGGCUGGGUGCCGCUGGGGGGCGGCGGCCUCAGCAAGGUGGGGGUCUACAGGCAGCGCGGCCCCGACGAUCCGGCCGCCACGGCCGCCACCGCCACCCCCGCCGCCACCACCGCCACCACCACCACCACCACCUUCCGCAUCCACGGGGAGCGGCCCAGAGACAACCUGGUCAUGCUGGAGUGCCUGCUGGACCAGGACCUGGUGUACAACAAGGUGACGCCCACCUUCCACCACUGGCGCAUCCACCAGAAGAAGUUCGGCCUCACCUUCCAGAGCCCGGCUGACGCGCGCGCGUUCGACCGCGGCGUUCGCAAGGCCCUGGAGGACCUCAACCUCGGGGCCCCCACGCCACCGGGCACCGUGUCCAGCGAAAGGGACGGUGGCUCCGAGGAUGAAGGCUGCAAUGCGGCGGACAGCGGCACGUCGUGCUCGUCGCACCUGUGCGCGACGGAGCGGCGCGAGCAGAUGAGAAGGCAGGCGAGCCUGGCGACGGAGGCAUCCCGCGGGCACUACCACGUCUCGCCGCACGAGGCCUACACGCGCCACUACCCCUCCGACUGCCUGCACCAGGCGGCGCCGCCCCCGCGCCGCUUCUCGCGCCACGUCAGCUUCCUGGACGAGGCGGAGGCGGCACGUGUGGAGCCGCGGCGCGAGGUCUGGUUCAAGGGCUACGAGGACUACCGCUACGCGCUGGCGCUGCGCCGGCAGCUCGAGCACCACCACGACGCCGCCGCCGCCGGCGCCACCGACUCGUACGUGCACUUUGACGACAAGGCCGAGUCCGGCAGCAAGAAGCACGACUACAGCUACCCCUACCUGGAGGGCGGCCCCUACAGCACGGCCAAGGACGGCCUGUCGGUGGUGGUGACCCAGCCAUCGCCGGGUUCCAAGAAGCGUGGCGGCGGUGGCGGCAAGCCACCGCCCGAGGACGUGGAGCGCCAGCGCUGCGUCUACUGCCGCGAGAUGUUCGCCGCGCACGACAACGGCCGCGGGCGCUGCCCCGACGCGCCGGACCCGGUGCGCGGCUGCAUCCACCGCGCCAGCUGCCUGUGGUGCGCCGAGAGCGUGCUCUACCACUGCAUGUCGGACCCCGAGGGCGACUACACCGACCCCUGCUCGUGCGACCCCACGGACGAUUCCUUCUGCUUGCGCUGGCUCGCGCUCUCGGGCCUGUCGCUGCUGGCGCCCUGCAUGUGCUGCUACCCGCCGCUCAUGCUGUGCCACCGCUGCGGAGAGCGGUGCGGCUGCUGCGGGGGCAAGCACAAGGCCAUCAGCUGAUGAGGACGUGGGGGGGGUGGGGUGGCGGGGGGACGAACGCGAGUGGAAACCGGCCCCCGGCGGCGGGCAGAGGGGGUGCGGGCGGCGGCAGUCGUGGCUAUGCAAGGUGCAGAGACGCACGCGGUGGCGGCGCUGGCGACGACGACGAGUCUGCGGACGGUGCCCAGGCCCGCGUGGCUCGCGAUGCUCGUAAGACUGCUCGUCGUAGAGCCGUUGCGUUUGGAAACGUGCGUACGCUACGUGCGAAAGUGCGCGCGUGUGCAGAACCUAGUAACGCAAACCUUGAAACGCCAGGUCCAGAGCGCGGACCUGCGGCUUGCUCUUGCACAUCUACAUUCCUGACACCGGAUCUCUUUAGUUUUGCGCAUCCUGGCUUUCAGUCCGAUUGUGUCACCGUGAUCUCCGUGUCUGUUCACACUCGUGUCGCGUGCCCCUGCACCGGCCUUGAGGUUCCCAGUGGCACGCAGGGGGGCGUGGAGGGAUGAGCUGCCAUCGCGUUGAGUUGCGCAGGGAGCGGCGUGAGGGGGGGGGGGGGCGUUGACAUGUAAAGUGGUCGGUCUUAUCAAACAAAAGUUAAUCCUGUGUUCAUUUUCCAAACCGCGUGCAUUUGACCCCUAGAUUAAUUUGUGGUGCGAAGGGGAUGCCAACAAGGCUCCUUCACGCAGUCGGCUCCACCUCGGCGCGUCCAUCCCGAGCUAAACCUGCUGCUCGGGUCCCACGCGCAGUUGCCAAACGCGCGUUGGUCACGGUUUCCAGACCCUGGGCGUGAUGCUGCGAGCCGGGCGUCCCUAGAAGCGGCGCCGGUGUACCACACUGAUUUGGGCUCAUCGCGAAAGCGCGAGAUCGUCAGCAGGGCGACGGGUUGCUGGUAGGGGGCUGUACGACACAUCGGCUUCGGGCUCCCGCCCCUCCCGUCCCAUCCUCCCACCACCCCCUUGGCGCUGCGCUAAGACCACGGGGGAAGCGCAAAGCCGCGGGACGCCCAAAUAGAGCGUGAGCAACAGACGCGCAGAAAUAUCUUCCUGGCUUCCACGUGUGCCAGGGGUGGGGCGGGGGUGGGGAAAGUGGUGCCAAUCUGUCAGCUGGCUGAAAUCGGCGGGCAGAUGCGAGAGAGUCCGCAGUGCAUUGCGUGGCAUCGCGAGCUCAAAGUUAGCGGCCCCAGAGGAGGGAAGCCGCGGCGAGUUAGGUUGAAGGGUGAACGAUCGCGCCUCGCGAUUCCUUGUCGAUUUCCAGCUGCAUAAAUGAUCUGGCCGGAUUUGCAUCAGUUAAGGCCCUACGACGCUGCCGCUCGGGUGGAAAUGUCACAGCGGUUACGCGAGUGUUUCGGUUCACGCCGUGACGGCGAAGAACAAUUCUUAGAACGAAAUUUUACGGUUUAGGUACGCGACGAUUCGUAUCGAAACUAAAGGUCGAGCGUCGUCAGGACGAGAUCCAGGAUAUCGGGCCCAUGGCGCUUGCACGCCUGCAGCCAUUCUCUCCACCCUGGUAAUCGGCCCGACAGGUAGCAGCACAACAUCGGUGUUCUCCGAGCCCCAUUGUUUAAUCGCUUCCUCUCUUAACCGGGCGAGCACCCAUUGAGAUUCAGUCUUUUUUGUUGUUGCAAGGAGUGUGUGGGGUGGGGGCUCGCGUGACUGGCUGUGUAGGAACGUUACUUUUUCAUUGUGAUGAAGCCGAGAUCAAGUUAACGUGCGCACCUUGGGGUACGACACCGUGGUAAGCGUGAAUGGAGACCCUCUGCGUAUUUCUCAUAGAAAUAUCACUUGGGCAGCUGCCGCAAUUUUAAUUGCCGGCUCCGUGCAAACUGGCUCGGCGGCGAGUGUUGCCACAGCGGUCAGCUGCAGUUUGUCGUCCAGCAGGAAGCGACUUGGAACUACGCCUUGCCUGCAGAUGGGCAACCCGGAGACGGUGUCUUUGGUCCUCGACGCCACAGGCCUAACAAUGGCUGAUCCGGUAUCAUCCAGGGUGGCCGAUGCUCACGAUGAAUUCCUUGCAGCGUUGUUACCUCCUAGAUCACACUGAUGUACGACAGCAAGCUCGCUCGUUGGUGUUUAUGAGACGUGUGUCAUUAUUAGGGUACUGUGGUAAAUUUGAUAGCAAAGUAUCAUUUUGAAAAAAAAAUCAAAUGCAAUGUGAAACAUCCUCGGAAUAUAACAAUAAAUAGAACGUGUUGUCUAUAGAGCAGUCGGUAUUGACGCUAAGCUUUCUGCACACGGGCGUGGAUACUGCCCACGGUUUGACGCUGGUAGCAUUCGUUACCCUCAGUGGUACUGAUCGCGACCCCCUUGGCUCAUGGGCCGCAUAUUCUUCAUUUAACUGGGGGGGGGGGGGGGGUUGUUGGUGGUGGUGCACAGGCCCUCGAAGCCUCGUGGGAGGCACCUUUCCCCAGAGGCCCUGCGUUGCCAGGGCUCGCGCAGCCUCCCCGGGGCCGUGGUUAAUUCGCCGUGGCGUGUCUGAGCGGUUUGCGCGUCACCGUGCCACAGGGGCCGGUGCCGGGCUGCUCCUGGCACGAGGUAGGGGGCCCUCCCAGGCCCUCCCGGAAGCUCUGUGUUACAGAGCCUGUGACCCGUUUUUAUGCAGCUUAAAAAUGUGGGGCCGGUGGGCGCACGGCGGAGGCAACGGAGUGACCUCAGAAGCGUUUCUCACCACCGCUUCCCCCGUGCUCCUCCACCUGCUGCACCGCUCGCUCCGCCCAAACAGAACCCUCCGUGGUCACGGCUCCCAAAUUUAAACACGGGAGCUAAACGGUUUCUAAAUUGCGACACUAACUGCAACUCUAACCGCGCUGGCGACGACGCACCGGUACACUUGUUUAAACGAACGCUACCACAAUGCUGCUUUCGGAGCAAGUCGUAAGCCAAAAUAAGCAACGGCAUCGCUUUUCUGUUAAAUCUUUUUUUUCUUUUUAAACAUCAAUUUCCCCAAGAGCGUCGAGCUGACGGGGAUGUCCCUUGGCGCGCCGUCCGCUCGUCUCUUGAAUCUCCAAGCGGAGGGCGCGGGCACGGCCACAGGGGAGGCGGGGGGGCGGCCACGCGAGCGCGGGCACCACGCUCCUGCAGCAGCUGCAGUUCCCGCUGGGUACCAAACUCCGACGAGGUGCUGCCGUGUCCCCCUUCUCGGCCUCCAUGACCGAUACCCUUACGGCUCCUCCGCUACCGCCCCCUAACUCCCCGGACCCUUCUUUGGUCUCUGGCACGUUGCCCCCCACCCGUCCCUCCCUCCAUGCCCCACGCACGCCCCUCUUCAUUCUUCGCCUCCUCACCGUCGUGUCGCAAGUCCAGGCGAUUGCCUUGGCUCGUCGUCUGCAAAGUGCAGAAGUAAAAAAAACAACCUCCGUACCAAUUCCAGCCUAACUGCCAAGUACGUUCUGUUGUUUUUAAUCAAACUUUCUCUGUGUGUGUGUCCCUCUCGCAGUCGCUGUCUCUCCGCGUCCUUUCUCUUCGUCUCACUUUGUAUUUGACGCUCUCCUUCCUCCCUCCACCACCACCACCCCCCCCCCCUCGCCCGCGUGCGCCCUCCACCACCUUGGUGCCAAGCGUGACGCCGUGUGGUGGGGACUGGCGGGGGGCGUCCGUGGCGUGCUCACGAGGAGGAGAGGGCCGCUUCGUUUGAUGAGGGUACCGCGUGCGCGCGUGCGUGUAGAAGCUGCUGCUGCUGCUGCACAGAUGUGUACAGGGGACAACCUUUUUUGUUUUGUAUUUUUCUACAUUUCAGAUUUUCUAUUUUAGCAGUGCGGAGUCGCCGGCUCUCGUACGUUUUUAAUGAAUACACUCUUUGAGAUGAACGCGCAAAGGUUUGAGGUAAAUAUCGCUGCACGAAUUGCAGUAUUUUUAAAAUAAAAAUAAAAAAAUAAAAAAUAAAAACACCCACACUGGGGAUACCCAUAUUAAAAUAUUAUAUAUAAAGACGACAUCUAAAUUGAGUUAAACAUUGAAAUAGUAUUAUUAUUAAAUGUUUCGUCAUAUGAUUCUAUAUUUUUGACGUAAUACAGAUUUUAUGUUAUUUAAUCGUGUGAUAUUUAGCCCGUUGGUUGUUGUUGUUUGUGGGUGUUGACCCUGCUGUGUGUGGUACUCGGAGGAGGGGGCAGUGGUACGUUCAUUCGCGUGCGUCGUCACCAUGGCGACAGGGGGGGGGGGCAGCCCCUCGUGACCUGGAACUAAACGGACAAGGUUUAUAAUUCAUGCACAGCACCACCCAUCCUCGCUUCCAUUGACACCUAACGAUCCACACUACAACCAUUUACGGUACACUUAGUUAAUUGCGCACCCUUUAUGUGACCAUAUUUUACCGAGCGAGAUGUACGUGUGUUGCAACCGUAUGUAUCCGUCCGUGCUAAUCGGUAUUGAGGGGGAAGGUCAACAAACUAAACACAAAAAGUCGUUCUAAAGAAAUGAGUUUUCAAUUUAGAUUGGAAAGUGCAUUGCUCCAGUGGCUUCCUAAUAUCGGAAGGAAGAGCGUUCCAGACUGCCGCAGAAGCGCAUUUGGAAGCGCGCGAUGCAGUGACCGUCUUUGUCCGAUGGUUAGCCAGCAACAAAAAAUGUAUUCUUCAUUGCAAGAGAGAUUUCAGGGGAGCUGGUUUAGACUUUUUAAUUGUGAGAAAUUUCAAAAGUUUGGCUAUGGCCGUGACGCUGUGGUGCAGGCAUAACGCAAGUGAUGUCACAGGGUCUUUAAAGAAGUCCCCCCCGUCUCGCAACAGAACGUGGUGCCUAAUGCGGCGGGACCCCCCCCCCCCGGCCAGUCCGCCAGGGUACCCAGCCGCCGUGAUGCGCGUCGAUGCACGGCGCUCGCCACUCACGACCGUUGGCCGUGGAAUUCUGGACUGUACUGUGAUAGGCUACUGCCGUUACGGUGGGGUGCGUGAGGGUGCACUGUGCAUAUGUAAGGCAGGGACGAUGCAGUGCGUGCGUCGUUGGAGGCGGGGUGGGGAGGAGGGUGCCAGAAUCACACCGUGGUAUUUCCUGUCGAUAGGUCUCUUGUCGCGGAGUUGUGUACUUGUGCUCUUAUCGGUGUACAGAUGCUGAGUGGUGGAAAAAACGUGGAGUGUUCUUGUUUGGGCAUUACGGUUGACUUGGGUUUAAAUUGCCUUCGUUGAAAUUGUUGAAAACUUAACAUAAUUUUCCCCUUCAGGGGAACAAAAUAUCCAGUUGUAUAAUGCGCCGCAGAAUGAUCAUCAGGGGUUCAGCAAAACAUCUUAAGGUUUAAAAUGUGUUACAGCCGAGAGCCCCACUGCUAUAUACCGAAAGCGUUUCCACAUGCAGUCGCGUGGACUGUGCCAUUACCCUCCGUGAGAUGGACUUGAGUCCACACAUGUGAGCUGCCACUCAGCUCAUUCCAACUCCCCUCACCAGCUCUGGGCACUCGUGAGAUGGGCAUCGCCGCCGCGCUCUUUCACUCCGACAAGAACAAUCAAUCUGGAGUGUCGUCAAGCCAUUCGCCUCCUUAGCGCGACGAUUCUGAUUGGUCUUCACUUCCUUUUCGACGUCGUAUAUUGGUGGUGGUGGUGAUAAUGUGAGGGUUUUUUUCCCCCAGAAUAAAUGCGACUUUUUAUUGUUGUUGUUGUCCUCGUCGUUGCCGGCCGUAGCCAGGAGGAGGCACGCAUGAUGACAGACUGAGUUGCAAAUGCCCCACCAUGCUGGCCUCUGCGGCACUGCACCGGAGUCCGUGAAAGUCUCCCGUGCUCGUCAAGAACCGUGGCACUCCUGGCACAACCAAUCGGCGAUGCAUCACGGCGCUUGAGCCAUUGGCCAAACAAAUUCUCUUAUCGGUACCAUCCCGGGUGACACAUGCUGAUGUUCAUUUUCUUGAACCAAUUGAAUCCUCUUAGAUCACAGUUAUUUCUAGCGAGGUGCACGAGAAAGAGAUGGUUAAGAGAAGGUACCGCUGCAUCCGUGUGUGUGACAGCGAAGAUCGUUUUUGGGGAGGGACAAUUUUUUUUUUAUUAAACGUCUCGAGAAUAUAAACGUGUAGAAAACACGGAGUGUUCGCUCUGCCAAUAGGUGUCUAAGGAGUAGCAUUUGCCAGCCCAGGUGGUACCGGUUAGAGUUGCUAUUGGCGCUAUGGGCCGGUGUUAUUAUUUCCAGAGAUUUACACGCGAGUGUGGCGGGGGCGGGCGGCGGGGGUGCGCUGUGCCGCGCGGUGGGCAGCAGAGGGACGUGCAGUAACGCGCGCUGCUGCCCGACGGAGCGGCGGAUUCGCGCUGCAAAACUUCAGCUCCCCCCACCCCGCACUAAACCAACCAGCGUGGCGAAGUACGGUCGAAAUAAAUCCCCACGGCGCACAAGGUGUGAGGAGGCCCUCGUGUAGCAGUGGAUUGACACAAAAAAAAGGCUGCAGCAUGCACAGGAGUUUUAAAGGCCAGCGAGGGCAGCCACCUGUGGCGAGUCGGUAUCGUUCGUGUGGUGCAGCAGCAGCAACAGCAGGGCUUUCUCAAGCCCCCAUAACCCACGUCCCCGCCCUGUUUCUACCGGAAUGAGCAUUGAGGCAAUGCGCAUCUCCUGUUUACAGCCCCUGAGCCAACGAUGGGAAUUCCAUAUUCCCAUGGCAGGGCUGAGUCUAUUCAGAGAAUAACCGAUGUGUUUGUAUGUUGAACUUCUUUCGCACCGUAUGUAGCCAACUACGCUAAUCGGAGGUGCGGGGGAAGGACAACAAACUAAACACAAAAAGCACUUCUAAAGAAGGAGGGAUGAAAGGCUGAGUCGAUCCUAAGCCACGAUCGAAUUCGCAACUUUUCCAAUUGCGAGCCUGCUGGCUGUCCCGCUGAGCCACCUACCAAUCAUCAGAUAUCUUGACCGUCUCAUUGAUGCGCAUUCAAAUUGGUGUGAACAGGUGUAAAAGUGGACACUUGGUGAGGCAUGAGCACUGGGGCGGAGGGGGGGCGCGCUUGGGAAGUCCUCAUGAGGGGAACCCAUGUGAUCAGUGGUGCGUUAAAACAACUAGUUGUGCUGUUGCCUACAUGGGAUCGUGUGUUGGGCAACAUGCAGGGGAAAUUAACACGCAGAAAUAACGACAUCGGCUAACGGCGCUCGUGUCUGUGCCGCAUUCUCGACCAAGCAGAGGAUCUGUGCGCGAGGGAGAUUGUAGCGAGCCGGGCAUUCUGGUUGUACCCUGCACACCGUACGUUUGCUGGUGGACAUUUCUGGGCAGUUGUGAAGUGAGGUUAUUGUAUCACCCAUUGUAACGUUUGGACACAAUGGAAGUGACCUCUUGUUGGGAAAUGCUGGUCAUGUGAUUCGAGCCGGGUGUAGUCCAUGAGCCCAGACCAGACAUCCCAUUUGUCCAUACCACCUGAGAUGGAAUCAUCUUCGUGAUUCCAGUUUUUUUUAUGUGGCCAAUAACUAUGGUUUCUGCCUGACCCAACCAAUGAAUUUACAUCUGCGUUCUGGUGGCAAGAAUGGAAUUUUAUCCAAGAUCUGGUGGCAUCGUGUCAAAUAUUAUUACGAAAUCCUGCAGUUUUCAUAGACGUGGGUUGACCGAUGAGUACAUCUGGGUUUGGUCUAUGGAAAAAGUGGCGACGGUACCAUUGACACUGAAUCGAGUGAUAACCUUUUGAAAUCCGUGCGUUAUCAAACAGUUCACUCUUGUUAGCCGUAGUGAAUUAACCGGUCGGAAAGUUUCGUCUACCUUGAACGGGACCGGCUUCUGCUCUGGCCCAUGGACGAGAGCGUUGUGCGGCCCCGGGCUGAAUGGGCUCACAGCCGCAAGUGCUGGGCGAGGGGACUCACGCUUUUGUAGAGAAAUUCUGGAGACAUGUCUUGGCUAGAACCCAUUACACCCCCCACCCUCUCUCCUACCACCUGUGCAGAUUUGUUCUGUGUGUAAAACCAUUAGUAAUUGUUGUGGACAACCGCUGCUUUCCGACUCGCGAGCCUCCGUUUUCAAUGGCCAUUUUGGUUUCUCUCCAGCCCCACACUGAAAGCGGUGCACGUAUAUGGAGGAGUUUAACCAGGUACGCGCUCACAUUGGUACACCGACUACUUGGACGCGGGCCGCCGUCUCCGAACGUGAAACUUAAAUGGCCGGGUUUUUUAAACGCAUUUUCACGAAAAUAAACGCACUUUAGAAGGAAGUAAACGUUCAGUCCGACACACAGCUCAACCGGAACUGUAACGACGUGAAGCUGCGUUGAGUCGAUGCUUUGGGUGAAAUAUUUGACGAGGAUCGAGGCAAGUUUUUUGUUGUUGUUCCGUGUAAUUGUACCGGGCAAUGUUUUUUGAGAGUUGAGAUCCGACGAAAUGUGUGUCUAUUAAAUGUUGGCGCGUUGGCGGCGGCGUCGCUCGCAAGCCCGUUCCCCCGGGGCUGCUCGCUCCUUGCGUUUAGGGGUUUUGACCUGUCAGGGGCUGUUUCUCGGGUCCCUUAUAACUUGAUGGUAAAUGUCGGGACUUUUCUACGCGUUGUAUAUUUUCUACACUUUCAAGGACGAGGAAGAGCGUCUGAUCCACACACCGUGCAUGUAGCACCGGCAGUGGAGCUCGUGUCGACCGAAAGGACUCUUACCAUAUGCAAAAGUUAAAUAAUGUACUAUUUGUAUUCAGACACAGGUAGGGUGUCGUGUCUGCUGUUUACACCGAGGCUUCUCAAAAGCUUCCUGUGUGCUCGUGAAGCCGUGAGGACAUUGGGACUCGUGGGAAGCCGAUGGGAGCAAGAUGUGAGAUGUCACUUUACAGAGGGCCUUGCCUAAACUCCUUCAGGUCGUGAUGUGGCACCACCAAGUUUGUGCGGGAGGGAACUAGGCUGCAGGGUUUGCGGUGGCAGUGAGAAAAGCGCCCAAGUCUCUGUGCUCAGUUGCCAUCACACCGAAGGUUGUCUUACGUGGUUGCCAGAAUUUGGACAGGAAGGAGAGAAGAUAUUUUCUUGAAGCUUCAAGCAAUGUCGGCGUUCUCUCCAGUGAUUUGGUUGUGAUGAAGAGUUAAAGGCAGAGCUGUACAAAGGGUCCUGGAGCCAUUUUAUAUUGGUAAGAUGUAAUCUAUGAAGAAGACUGGGCAUUGCUAAAUUGUUAUAAUUCGUGCACUUGACGAUUUUACGAUAAAAAAAUGUUUUAGUGAAAUACGUUACCUAAUUGCAGGGUUGCUAUUUCACACAGUCAUAUUUGGAUACAAGAAAUGUCCGUACCACGUAAUGAUUGCACCAUACCGCACUUUAAACGUGGUAAAACUAAUCAAAAUUGCAAGUAAUUCUAAAUCUUAUAAAUAGCAAAUUGCUCUGAUGUCACAGCAAACUAUCUUCACUGAAUUAUCAUUGGACAAGGAACCUUUUCGAACACCGUAACAAUGUGAUUUCGGCCCCUGAGUCAAUUUCCUUGAUGUGACUUCGUUUUGGGUAGAGCGAAUGUGGCGACGCAAGUCAAAUCGAAAUGCCGUGAAGUGAGGAGUUUCAUUUGUUCAGGCCACAGGUACCUGGCGCCCCCUGCAAAGUGACGUGGACUGUGAUGUGCCGUUUGCACAAAGUGGGGAUUUUGGUCGGAGUGACUUGUUUUUCUUGGGCAGCACCAAUUGUGAGACUUGUGGAUGGCCUCACCAGGGUAGCAAACUCAAUGUGUUUUAUUAUUGGUGCUGGCUUCUUGAUAAGCACCCACAAAAGCUUUGCUUCUUGUAGAAGAGAUGAACAGACACUCUCCUGGCAGCACUUACGUGUUUCGCUGUAUGAAAGCUGGGGGUAAGGUUCUGGGCGUAUUGGCCUAGGCCGGGGGUCGGCAACCUGCGUCUCCCGGGGGCCGCAUGCGGCUCUUUAAGGACUGCUUCAUGACGUUAUUCACAUGCAUUGUGGCCCUUGAAAUAUUGAUGAUUUUUUGUUUUUACCGAAUUCGAAAAGAAAUGCUCUUGUUAUUUUGUUUGCCGCCCCCUCCUUGGUCGAGGCUGACCAAUAUUCGUGGGGCGUGGUGCCUCCGUGCCGCCAACAACAUCGCUCGAUUUAUACUAAGGAGGCCGCGUUCUGCAACAUGAUCUCUCUUCGGCAUCGCCCUGCACUCCACCUCCACAGAAACAUUCUCUCGCUGGUUCACGUCACCCCUGUCCGCUGGUUGCUGGCCAAUACGCCACCCCCCCCCCCCCCUCUGUCAGUGGGAGGAGCACUGCCGAGAUGUUUUUAAUCUGCCUUUGUGUUUUUUGAAAGACACGGGACUUGUGUAGCACCAGAGCGAACGGUACCUUUUGAAACUGAUAACACUUUUUUUUUUAAAGAGCAUUGUUGUUAAUAGCCUUUAAAUUGUCUAUUUUAAAAAUGUUAAUUUAAAAUAUAUAAUAGAAAAUUGUGCAGUUGCAAUCAGUUGUUUGUGUGUCCUGCAUUAACAUGAUAUUAACUGAAGGUGACACACUGGGGGUAUUGUACAUGCCGUUUUCGCGGUGGUGGGAGGCUGUGUUGUGGAAGUGCUCCUUCCACAACACACUGAGCUGCGGUUCACGUGUUCAUCGCUGAGUGCUCAACCUAACAUUCCCUGGCGUAUACAGGUUACUCUCCGUGCCGUGCGAGCGGGCAGCAAAGAGCAUUUAAUUAUCCACGUUUGCAGCGUCAGGUAUUUUGUGAGAAUGUCACCUUGUUUGUAUAUUUACCCGCCUAUUGUCUUACACUAAGCUUACUAAAAGGUAUUUGAAAGAACUAAAUAUUGAGAAGCAGGGGACUGACUAACUUAAAUACACCUUUUCGGACAUUAUCUCAAGCACCAGUCUUGUCAGUGUGUCUGAAGAGCUUUCAGACAAUGAUUUAUCAUUGCUCAUGCCCAUGGCUAUCGCCAUGUUGUGGUGACAGUUUCAUCAAACUCCACGCCGUUUGUUUUGCGAGCUCGGCGUCCGUUCGUGUGUCCCAAUUAUUUUCGUAUUGUGAGUUGAAUAGCUCAAUUGCAACGUUACACGGAAAUUUAAAGCAUUAUAACAUGGAAACAAAUUUGAUGUGUCCGCAAGAUAUGUAACUGAACAUUCUUAAGUGUUAUGCAGCCGUAUCAUAAGUCUUUAUAUUUUAGUUGUGCCUCUGUAUGAGGCACUUGCGUAUACCCCCAUUGAAACCAUGACAGUGUAAAGUCGGUGCAAUUAACGUGUUGGGACUGUGACUUUUAUUUGGUCAAAUUCAGUGGUGAGGACUGUUCCAAAAAUUUUGGAACAAACUCUACGAUGGUAAAUCUUAUGGGAUAGCCUAAAUAUCUAUAACAGUGGGAGACAAUUGUGCUCAAUGAACGUGAUUAUUGGUCAUGAUAUACAUAUGCUGUAUAAUUAUUAGGAAGUGAUAGAAAGGCCACUUUACGAAAUGUUGCACUAUCUCUGCAAUUCUUGGCUAAAAUUCCACAGACAUGUCAUGAAUUAUUGGCCGAAAAUUCUCACCAGAUUUCCAUCACUGGCGGAUACACUGUGUAAAUCGGGCAGUAAAACAGAUUUUGGUAACAAGUGGCUAAAAAGGUCACCAAUGCUCCGAUUAGCACGGUUAACUCGUACGUUGCGAAAUAAGUUCAACAUGCAUACAUGUUUGAAGCCCCGUCUGGGUACCUAUAAUAACAAAGCCAGCCCCUUGGCUUCAAAGUAAAAUAGCUGCGAGAUUUGAAUUUCGUUUUCAUUGUCUCAAAACAUUUUGAACAUCUCUUAAUGGUCUUUGUGAAUCUGCCCAACUUACACCAGUUCACAGGCCAGGGAUCGUGCCCGUCUACGUUUCUCUCACAGAGCUUGUGAACACGGUCGAUGGUCAUGACUCCAGGUGCCCUAAACAAUCGCUGCCCCCUGACCUUCAACCACACCAACUCUUGCACAAGCUCUCCCGGUCGUGUCACUUAAGCAUUAUGGCAACAACGAAAAAGUAAACCGUGGCAGCGAAUACGAAAACUGUCGAUUCACUUGAAGGACGCAAAGGGACAGGCAGAGCAUUGUUGUUAGGGGAGAGCACUUUCUCAUAAUGUGUGGUACGAGAUUGCAACUAAACUAUGUUUCCUGCUUUAAAAUGCAUUUGUAAUGGCUUGAGAUUCAGAAAUGCAAAUUGAAAGUGUCCCCUACAUUUCCCGCACAAAGUCCAAUUUGACGCUUGAUUUGCAGUAACCCCCAGAUUCCCUCAUUUUCUUGCGUCCUACACAUCUAACAAAAGUGCCUCGGUAAUUAAACCAUAUGGAAUAUUUUCAUUUAAUCCAAUAUUUUUGCUUUAAUCGCAUAGCAUUUUUGUAUUUUGUGAAGCAUUUGACUGCUGUGUACAGGUACUAAGUGUAUGAUGUAUAUUUUAUUUUGUAACUUUCAUAAAUACUGUUAUAACCACGUUAUCGAGUGUAUAAUGUACUGUAAAUACGCAGAUAAUACCAAACAUUAUUAAUGUCAAAUGAGUAUAAAGAUGUUUUUUGUUUAAUCAUACUUUCAACUUUAAGCAUAUCGGUUGACUAUUAAAUAUAAUAAAAAUGUAUACCUGCUA